AUGAGUUUUUUAAUAAUUAUUUUUGGUUUUAUCACCGUUUGUCAAUCACUUCCGCCCAAGAAUAUCGAUUCCGGCCAUUAUUUUAUAAAACAUUAUGACGUAAGAAAAAAUAAAUUUGAUGAUUUUCGACCGGAACACGAUGCUAAAUAUUGGUUUGAAAAAGCAGAAAACGAUUUGAUAGAAAGAUUAAAAAAUUUUAACAAUGUCGGAAAGAGAAAAGCUAAAAACAUAAUACUUUUCAUGGGUGAUGGAAUGUCGAUACCGACGAUAACCUCAGCGAGAAUUCUUCAAGGAGAAAGAAAUAAUUUAACACUGACCGAAACGCAACCUUUGAGUUUUGAAAAUUUCCACGUUAGCGGACUAUCUAAAACUUACUGUUUGGAUCACGGCGUUGCUGAUUCAGCAUGCAGUGCAACAGCGUAUUUGAAUGGUGUCAAAGCCGACGUGGGUACUAUCGGUGUCAACGGUAGAGUGAAAUACAAUGAUGUCGAAGCUUCUGCAAAUGUUAGCAAUCACGUUAAUUCGAUAGCUUACUUUGCACAAAAAAUGGGGAAAUCCACUGGAUUCGUGACUACGGCAAGAGUGACUCACGCAUCUCCCGCUGGAACAUAUGCUCACGUUGCCAAUCGCGAAUGGGAAUCCGACAGAGCCAUGGAAAAUUAUAAAAUUAAUUCCGUUCUUUACGAUGACAUCGCCGAACAACUUGUCCUACGGGAACCUGGAAAAAAUUUCAACGUCAUUUUGGGAGGGGGAAGAAAAAAUUUUCUACCCUUAAAACCGUCAAGAUAUAACAAAUAUUUCGAAAAGGGUAAUCGUUUGGACAACAAGAAUUUAAUUCAAGAAUGGAUAAACGAUAAAAAAAAAAGAAAUAUUAAAAAUUAUAAUUACGUGUCGAGUAGAAAACAAUUGGCAACACUGACGACGACUCCAUCUUUUCUUUUAGGUUUAUUUGCUUCGAGUCACUUGAAAUACAAUUACGAAAAUAAUAAUAAAGAAGAACCAAGUCUGGAAGAAAUGACGGAAGCGGCCAUCAAAGUUUUAAAGAAAACCGGAAGUGAAAAUGGUUUUUUCCUUUUCGUCGAAGGUGGAAAAAUUGACAUAGCUCAUCACGAAAGCAAGGCUCAAGUUGCACUCGAUGAAACAAUUGAAUUAUCAAAAGCUGUUGCGAAAGCUGUAGAAAUGACAAACGAAGAAGAUACUUUGAUAGUCGUCACUUCCGAUCACUCGCACACGUUGACCAUAAGCGGUUAUGAUUUUGGAAAAGAAAAAGAAAGCCUUUUAGGUUUCGGUGGUACAGGUACCGAUGGAUAUGUUUACACGACUUUGAGUUAUGCAAACGGACCUGGUUAUUCUGAAAGAAAAGAUCUGAGUAAAGAAGAUACAAGAAAAAUUGAUUAUUUAUUUCCUGGUACGGUUCCAUUACAAUCUGAAACUCAUGGCGGUGAUGAUGUUGCCGUUUUUGCCACUGGUCCUUAUUCACAAUUAUUUACCGGUACCUACGAACAAUCUUACAUACCACAUGCAAUGGCGUAA